AUGGGGCAACUGUUUUCCUCUGUCGGAGAGCCAUCUCUCACCGGCCCACUGGCAAAACUGCCUCACGAGAUUCUCCUGUUAAUCGCGUCUCAGUUGUCUUCGUCCCCCGAAUCCCUCGUAGCGCUCUCUCUAACCUGCAAAGCUCUCUCCUCAUUCUUCGACACAGAGGAACUUGUAGAGGAGUGUCGGCCUGAGUUAUUACCUUUACUGGAGAGGGAUGUGGGAGACCGAUUCUACUUUUGCCCAGCCUGUUGCCAGCUCCAUCGGUUCUCGCAGGAUUGGAACCCGACUGUCACGAAACAUCUGCAGGAUCCAAAGAUCACAUCGAAAUGCUUCAAUUAUCGUGCUCUGCAGCAUUUUAACCCCAACCCCGGAAGGUCGCGGUAUCGACUACACCACGUUCAUGUCCGUCUUGUGACGAACCGCCAUUUGUAUGGUCCUACAGCAGGGCUAUCGCUGGAAAGUCUUGCCCGUUCUUGCCUUGUGCGCAGUUCGAGUGUAGGACCAUUAUGGCGACAGAGCUCUUGCGCGAGAAUCAUUGGCGAUGAACUCUUCCUCAGCAUCACGCACACGAUUGCGGGAAGAGCCACAGUAUUGCGUGAAGCUAUCUAUAACGGACGCUAUAGCAUCUGCUAUCAUAUAGCAAUGGACCCAGCUGGCUAUACUAGGGCAUCUCACAGAACGGCACCGGACAAGGCAGCAGCUUUGGGGAAAUCUGAGUGGGGAGGUAUGAAGAGGAAUGACGGGUCAUGCUUUCUUUUCAAUGCUUGCAGAGAUCUGCCUGGAUCUUGCGAUGUGUGCUUGACUGACUACACCACGACUAUUGAGAGGGCGGAAGUUGGGGAGCUUUACCGGUCCGAAACUGCUCCCGGCAAAGCAAGUGUCCAUUUUACAACCAUCGGACCAUUGGUCGACGGCUGGGCCGUGACGAUAGUUUCCUAUCAUCAGAUCGGACGAGGAAGACACGCGGACGACUGGAAGUGGGUUGCUCUGACAAAGGAGCCGACGCAAAGGGAUUACCAACAGCGAAAUACAGGGCGUGAGCCUUCUUUGCGGGAUAUACGCCUUUAUCCACCUGGAGCUAUACGACGCUCAUGGAAAGCAGAGAGCCUUGAUUUGGAUUGA